AUGUUUGUGCACAGUGGUCGGCAUCACCUGUGGCUUCGAUAAUAAUAAUAAUAGAUAGUCCAACAGCAUCAAAUAGCUUUAAAGUAAAGUGAAAUCGAAUACGUGAGCCAUGGAGUAAGUCGAAUUUCUAGUACCAGCAUGCAGUUUUAACGCAAGCACACUUAUACGAAAACAAAAUUUCAAGCAAAAGUGCGUCGAAUUCUGAAUAGUGACCACAUUUUUUCAUCACUUUCCCAUGAGCUUUUCUAAUUCACAAAGUUGCGAGAAGGAGCACCUACGUAACAGUUUCAUGCCAGUACAUCAUACCGAAUUUGGUUCUGCUGUCGAUGAUUUUUCGAGCAUAGACGCGUCUGCAUCUUUAGCGAUGCAUUAUUUAGGCGGUUAGCAUUGUAAACUUCCACGGAAGUUAGGUGAGUUUCUAUUAACACACCGCAGAUAUUAGUCCUGUUUCUACUUUGGUGUGUGUGGAAAAGAAGCCGUGUUCUCCCUAGAUCCGUACCUCCGUCGCCCGUUCUCUGAGAGACCUUCCUGCUGCACCGGCGAAGGAAAAAAUGCCGAUGGUCUUGAUGCAGCAAUUCCAUUGUGGCAUCCUUUAUACCUUCCUCGUAGAACACAGCUCACCGUCACCUUACCUUUUCUUUUCCCCUAGAAAUACCUACUUGUACAAUCCCAGAUGGUAGGUCCCCGCACUCGUUCUUUCGUUUUCCGCGCUGCCGUCGCAGCGACUGCUUGCGGAUUUUCAUCCACCGCAUUUGCUGCCGAUGUCACCUCCGGCGCGAAGACGAGCAGUAAAAAAGCCACUACCUUCCGUAUCACAAUGAAAAACGCCCCGACCCCCGAACUUGGGAGCAUUUGCAUUGCAAACCUUUCCAACAGAAACACUCGCCCUCUUGCAUCUAGCAGCAUCACAGAUUUCCAAUCGUGAAUAGCGAAUAUUUGUAUUGCAACAGAUCCCAGCAAGAGCGGCGCUUGCCAUGCAAGCAAUGCUAUAUACGCCUAGACUCUGCAUCACAAAGAUUCAUAUUCCUUUGAUGCAUGACAAAAAGUUUUCAUUUGGAAACUUCGCAUCACAAAUUAUUGGAACUUUUGGGGUGGGGGCAUUUUUCAUGGUAAUAUUCCGUCUGCUGAACAACCCGGAGCAGAAGGUCAAUUCGCGGAUCAAGUCGUUGCAGGAGCUGAAGCAGCGGCUGAAGGCGAUGACCGACCAGAAGCUCCUGGCGGACCAAAAACCGCACUUGCAAGUCGUGAUUACGAAAAUUGACACGGCUUUGGAACAGAACAAGAAGGAGAACUCGGCGGGGAAGGAAAAGCUUUCGAGCGAGGAACAACUGAAGGAACUGAACAAGGUCGCCAAGGAUGUGCAGCAGGAAGUUGAGGGGUUGAAAUCCGACCUGAUGAAGAAGGCGAUGCAAUUGGCGCAGGAACAGCACGACCUGAUGGCGAAGCGCUUUCAGAACACGAAAGUGGUGGAGGAGCAAAAGACGGCGGAGGAAGCGUUUGAGAAGUUGAUGGACGUCCAAGACUCGCCGUUGCAGGAACAGGUUUGGAUAAUAAGUAGUAUGUUCAGAAGUAGUUUCUGCGCAAGGAUGAACUUCUGCUCACCCGAUAUCCGCAACAUGAAGCGUUUUUGUCAGGCAUGAAAUAGAACCUGAACUCCAUGGACAACCAUUAAAAACCACAGCUAUCCGUCCUGGAAAAGUACAAAUCCGACGAAUUUGUCGCCCAGUUUCUGAAAUCCGAGAAGUUCCAAGAGGGCGAAAAUUUGGCAAUGAAGCUGGGGCAGGCUUUGGACAACCGCAAGGAAAUCGAAGCGAAAAACAAGGAAGCGAAGGAGCUGCAGGUAUACAACUUACUACAGCUGUUUUUUGUGGAGCACAAGCAUGCGUGAGAAGAGGACUCUGUUUGAUGUUUGUAAAGCAUGUAUGUCAAAAAAACACGGAUAGAACAAUGCCAAUAUCCCCGCCUGCACAGGCCCUGCAGUCUGGUGCGCACCUGUCCCAGGAUCAAGCCAAAACCCUGCUCCCCAUCCUGCAGAAGGUGCGGGAGCAUUAUUGUGAGGAAAACUCCCCCCUCCCCAUAUCACAACGAAGUUUCUGAUGCUGGACUUGCGUACACAAAUCAGACUUCGCUUGCAGAAAGUGCUUGGCGGCAUUUUCCGAGCCUGUUUGGUUAUGCAGAAGGCUAGCAGUUACGCAUGACAAACAGGCUUGCAGUAGUCAAAAGCGCAUGACAGACUGGUGUGGACUGCGCAACAUGACAGACUGGUGUGGACUGCGCCACGUGGCUCCUAUUGUCCUAUAGGCAAGACAGAGACGAUUUGUGAACACAAAUCAGCAUCACAAAAAAUUUCCAUUUCGAUAUGGGGAGGGGGGAUGUUUCAUUCUGAUAAGCAGAAGCGGUUGAAGCAGCGGCGGUUGAACCAUAUCAAAUGUAAAAAUGUCUGGGUCUGGAACCAAGCAACUUGUCAUGCUAAAUCUGAAUCAUGUAAAAAUCUGUGCUGCAUAAUUACCAAAAGCUGUCCACUUUUGACCUAAUCGAGAGGCAGUUUCUCAUGCAGGAUAGGCAUGAUAAGGAUCUGGCAGAAUCUGUCAUGCGAGGUCCUGCAUUCCAGACGACAUGGAUCAUAGAAAAUAUGCAUGACAAAUCUAGAAAUCUUCCAGACCCAGACAUUUUUACAGUUGAUAAACCAGGUCUCGAAUCAGCUGUCCAAGUUGGAGGACCAGGCCCGCGUGUACCGCAAACGCAAGGCGGUCUUGACGAAGGAGGAGCAUGUGCUGAAUGACGCGGUGGACGCCAUCCAGCACGGCAAAAUCGAUCGGUUGACAAAAGCAAUGGACACGCUGAAAGCGUUGCAGCCGUGAAUGGGAUCAUGGCUUGAAGAUUGAGAUUCAUUUUCCCGGGGGAAAUGAAAAAGACCAAAGUACUUAAACAAAAGCAAAUUUCUUUUCCGAAGAAGCGAAAGGAACGACGUCACAGAGAAGUGACAGAAAGAACCUUUUUUCCGUAGAAACAAGAAAGAAGAGAAGCUGGAAGUAGAGGAGGGCGUCUCCUACGCCUGGGUCUGAAUAUGACAAUUUUGCC